AUGCACUUGCAGUUUCAGAUGGUCACGACUACAACUCCUGUUACUGCUGCAGUAGAAUUACCAACCACUCUAACAGAUGCCCCUCAUACCCUUCCUCCUCCCUUACAGUCUGACUUUGACUUGUGGCUGGAUUGGGACAAUACUACAGUGGGCGUUCCUUUUCCUCGUCCGGAAUGUCAUCUUUUAGAGAUGCUUCUUUUUCUAGUUGGGGGUGUAUCCCAACACUCAGGAGGUUUCAGGGUUGAUGAUCAAAAUGAUAAAAAAACCUUAUUAAAAUGUGGAAAAGUGUUUGACCUCAACACACAGUGGGAAUUUCAGUCGCCUAAAGAUUUUUCUUUAAACAAUGUGAGUGAUGCAGCACUGGAUUGGGUAUCAGGAAACUGGUAUUUUCUGGAUGGUAGAAACCAACUGAUGUUUCUUUGUAAUAACAGUCUCACUGUCUGCAUCACUGUUAUUGAUGUAGCCUUAAAUAAUCCUCGAGGGAUUGCUCUUGAUCCAACUACUGGGCUGAUGUUCUUCACUGAAUGGGGCAGCACAGCUCCACUUGUGGAGAGAGCCAAUAUGGAUGGGUCUGAGAGAAUUAAGCUGGUAGAGAAAAAGAUAGUUUAUCCACGGGGUAUUACUAUAGAUUACCCUAAUGCUCAUGUAUACUGGGUCGAUGCUUACUUAGAUUAUAUUGAAAGAGUCAAUUAUGAUGGUUCCAACAGACACACACUUAUUCAGGGAUCAAAGAUGAAGAAUUUGUUUGAAAUUACAAUGUUCGAGCAGUAUAUUUAUACUACAAGUGGGCAUGAGAAUAGUAUCCUUUCCAUUCAUCGUUUCAAUCGUUCAGAUGUGCGUUUAGUGAAGGGAAACAUAUCUCAUUCUCUGUCUAUACGUGUGUAUCACAGACAGAGGCAACCAGAAGUGGAUCAUCCAUGUACUAAGAACAAUGGAAAUUGUGAACAUAUUUGUAUUCCAAUGUACAAGAAUGACACAGCAUUUGCAAUGUGCAGGUGUAAGGCUGGAUACAGAGUACUGCUUAGAAGUGGACGAUGUGUCAAAGCAAAGCAGUCGCAACUUUUGAUAUACGCUGUUGGUCGUCCGGGAGUUAUCAAGGGAAUCUCUCUGAAUCCUGGAAGGAAGCAAGAGCAGGUGAUGGUACCAAUUAGGGGAUUGAAGAGACCUACAGCAAUAGAUUUUGAUGCUAAAACACAGUUCAUUUAUUAUUCCGAUGUACAGAGAUUUGUUAUUGAGAGACAAAAGGUUGAUGGAAGUCAGCGUGAAAUUUACCUUGAUAAAGCUGUUGACAACUGUGAAGGAAUAAGUGUAGACUGGAUGGGACGAAAUCUUUAUUGGACAGAUGAAGGCCUGAAAGCCAUAUUUGUUGCACGACUUGAUGAUUCUUCAAUACGAAAACGGUUGAUUACUGGCAACAUGACUCGCCCUCGGGCUAUUGUAGUGGAUCCAAAGAGAGGAUAUUUAUACUGGUCAGAGUGGUCUACAGACACUGGGCCUUUAGUUGACUCGUACUCUUUUAGAGGGAAGAUUGAACGUGCUUAUAUGGAUGGAUCUCACCGAGAGGUUUUUGUAAAGGAGGACAUUCAGUGGCCAAAUGGUCUAACAGUAGAUUAUAUUGGCAAGAAGUUGUACUGGUGUGAUGCAUUUUUUCAUACCAUUGAAAGAAUCAGUUUAGAUGGGUUAAAAAAAGAGAAACUAUAUGAAGGGGAUGGUGUGGAUCGACCUUACGGAAUUGCUCGCCAGGGUGACUUUAUUUAUUGGACAGAAUUUCACAGAGGACUCAUACUGAGGUUAGACCUGAAAAAUAAGACAAUUAUUACGUUAGCCACGGAGAAUAUCCCAUUGUUUGAAUUGGUUCUUUAUGAUAAUGACACUCAGAUUGGAAAGAAUGAAUGUUCAGACAACAAAAGAGGUUGUGAAGACUUGUGCCUGGUAACCCCCAAAUCUCCAGUGUGUGCUUGUAGAGAUGGCUUUGUGUUAUCAAGUGAUAUGAAGUCCUGUAAAGAGUCCAUAAACUACACCAAACCUUCUCGCUGUGAUGAAGGAGAAUUUGAAUGUCUCAAAAACCUUCGUUGUAUAGACAGACAUUAUCUUUGUGAUGGAGAUAAUGAUUGUGGUGAUAAUUCAGAUGAAGAUUCCUCAGUAGGUGGCAUCUGUGAAAAGGUUACAUGUCAGCCAAACCAGUUUCAAUGUGAUAUCCUUCGAUGUAUUUCUAUUUACUGGGUCUGUGAUGGUGAAAUAGAUUGUACUGAUGGUACUGAUGAGGAGCCCCUUUAUAAAUGCAAAAACAGUACGUGUGGCCCUCAUCAAUUUUCGUGUAAGGUCAGUGGAAAAUGUAUUCCAAUAAACUGGGUUUGUGAUAUUGAAUAUGAUUGUGAUGAAGGAGAUACAUCUGAUGAGCAUGAAAAUUGUGAUUAUCCAGCAUGCCAAGAGACUGAGUUUCACUGUGACAACAACCGUUGUAUUCCUCGUUUCUACAUAUGUGAUGGUGAUGAUGACUGUGGAGACACCUCCGAUGAGCGUAACUGUGAUGAAAGCUGUAACAGUACUUCCAGUUUUCAGUGUGUUACGAGUGGUCAGUGUCUCAACAUAAACUUGCGGUGUGAUGGUAUCUAUGACUGUGUUGAUGGGUCUGAUGAAGAUGACUGCCCAAUACCUGCCAUUUCUCAUCCAUGUGAAGAGAGUGAAUUUCAGUGUAGCAAUGGAGAGUGUGUCCAAGCAGUUUGGGAAUGUGAUGGUAAAAAUGACUGUGUAGAUGGAAGUGACGAGAAAGACUGUGUAAACACAACCUGUAGUUCUACAGAUAAGAUGUGUGACAAUGGAAAGGAAUGCAUUCCAGUAUUGUUCUUCUGUGAUGGGAAUAAAGACUGCAGUGAUGGUUCUGAUGAAUCACCAGAUGAAUGUGAAAUUACAGAACCAAGUUGCUUGCCUCCAAACCGAACUUGUGAUAAUAGUACCUUAUGCCUUGAACCUUCACAGUUUUGCAACAAAGUAGCUGAUUGUUCUGAUGGAUCAGAUGAAGGAGGACUUUGUGACUUGGAUCGCUGUUUCUUCAGUGACUGUGAAGAUAUGUGUCAGAAUUCUCCAGAUGGACAUUUUUGUUACUGUACUAGAGGACUCCGAUUAAGCAAUGAUGGUAUAAGUUGUACUGAAAAGAACUCUUGUGAAGAAUGGGGAGCUUGUAGCCAAAAGUGUACACAGUUGAAACAUUACCACAAAUGUGAGUGUGAAAAUGGAUAUAGCUUGGAACCAGAUGGAUUUACAUGUAAAAGUACAGACCCAGCUGUUCCUUAUGUAGUGUUUUCUAACCGACAUGAACUUCGUAGUGUUGAUCUACACACACUUUCCUUCAAGACUUUAAUUCCUGGCUUGAAUAACACUAUUGCUCUUGAUUUUUACCAUGAUAAUGAUGAAGAUGUGAUCUUUUGGACAGAUGUGGCAGAUGAUAAGAUCUACAGAGGGAGCAUUGUGUCUGGCUCUUUGACAAAUGUAGAAGUAGUUGUUCAGAAUGGGCUGGCCACUGCUGAAGGCUUAGCUGUUGACUGGAUUGGUGAGAAUCUUUACUGGAUAGAAAGUAACUUGGAUCAGAUUGAGGUGGCCAAGUUAAAUGGAAGUUUUCGCCGUACCCUCAUUGCUGGAAGAAUGGAAAGCCCAAGAGCUAUAGCUUUGGACCCUCGUUUUGGGGUGAUGUUUUGGACUGACUGGGAUAAUGCUUCACCUCGGAUUGAGCAAGCUUCUAUGAGUGGAGAUGGGAGAAAAGUCAUCUUUCAAAUAUUGGACAUUAGUGAAGGAGGAGGGUGGCCAAAUGGACUGACCUUGGAUUACAUGGCUUUAAGAAUCUAUUGGAUUGAUGCCAGAUCUGACUCCAUUCACACCAUUACUUAUGAUGGUUUGGAGCACCAUGAAAUUCUAAGAGUUCAUCAAUUUCUUUCCCAUCCUUUUGCUAUCACUUUGUUUGGAAAUUAUGUAUAUUGGACAGACUGGAGAGCUAAUGCAGUUAUAAGAGCUAAUAAAUGGAAUGGAACUGAUGUGGAGAUUGUAGAAAGGUCCAGCACCCAACCAUUUGAUAUUCUGAUUCUGCACCCAUCUCGUCAGCCGAGAGACAAUGUGGCUAGCCCAUGUGCAGUCAACAAUGGUGGUUGUUCUCAUCUUUGUCUUCUAAGUUUCAACAAUACCUACCGUUGUCAUUGCCCUCAUCUUAUGAGGUUGGACAAGGAUGAAAAAACGUGCCUGACCAAUGAGAAAAUGUUGAUGUUCUCAAGACCUAAUGAUAUUCGAGGAGUGGACUUGGAGAUGCCAUUCUAUCAUGUAAUUCCUCCGUUUAGUCUUCCAAAAGUGCACAAGGCAACCACAUUACAGUUUGUUGCCAAAGACCAUGAAGUCUAUUGGUCAGACACUGAACUGAAUGAAAUUAAAAAGGCAUCUGUUACUGGAAUUACUAUGGAGACUGUAAUAGACACAGUUAUUACUAAUCCAUCUGGUUUUGCCAUUGACUGGGUGUCUCGGAUUAUGUUUUUUACAUCAUACCAAAAUGAAAGUGGGCAUGAAGCAUCAAUUUUUGCCAGCAAUUUGAAUGGGGAAUAUAUUGUGAAAGUCAUUGUUAUGAACAUGAGUAUCCCAAGAUCUAUAGCUGUCCACCCUUUCUUUGGAUUGUUAUUCUGGUCUGCAGAAGAAACAAAUCAGCAUGCUAUUUAUAUGUCACGUAUGGAUGGUUCCAACUCACAAAUUGUCACCUCCCAACAAGAAAACAAACUUUUGAUUACACCAGUCAGUAAGUUAAUUAUAUUGUGA